AUGGCUACUGUCUUGAGAGUCAGACGAAAGCGUUCCAGUGAUCCAAGUGAAGCUCUCAUCUUUUCUUGUAAGAAGGCCCGUACUUCUGGAGAUGGCAGCGGGAAAGGGAGUGCCACUGCUGCCGGAGCUGCGGGCGGUGGGGCAGACAUCAAGACGGUGUUCAAGUUCGCUGGAACUGUUGAUAAAAAGGAAGAGCAAGGGGGAGAAGGGGGAGAAGAUGGAGAGAGGAGAAAGAAGAAAGAGGGGAAGAAGAGGAGAGAGGGGAAGAAGAGGAAAGAGGGGAGAAAAAAAGGGAGGGGGAGCUUAAGAGGUAGAGAGGCCUUUGGAAGUACUUGUCAAGCAUUAGGCAACAUUUGCUUUAGAAGUGCUCAUUGUUUUAUUGUUUUAUUAUAUUUCCACUUUAUACAGGACCAACCCAUUUCACAGAGGAUACAGGCAGCGCUCAGUACAGUCCAUCUCUACGCCAACCUUGAACCCCCGAAACCCCAGGCCAAGCCCAAACCCACAUCAACCUCCACAUCAUCGUCGUCGUCAUCGUCCUCAUCCAAGAAAUCAAAGAAGAGCAAAUCAAAGUCAAAGUCAAAAUCCAAACAGGACACUAAGAGCAAAAGUCGAGCGUCCCAGCUCGCUUCUCAGCAAGAGGGAAGGUUCCAGAUUGUAUCAACGUACAGGGGAGUCAAUCUGAAAGAACUUGAUGGGCAAAGAGCCCCCUCUAGUGUCAGUAAUGGUGUCAGUCGGAAUAAAGGAGGAGCCAAGGACGAGCUUUUCAGUCUAUUUGAUGCUGUCAUAGAUGAAGAGGCUUCAAGUAGUUACCAGAGGCAAUCCUCCAAAACGGACUCCAUCACAUGUAACUCGGUGCAGAUGAUUCGAGAGAAGCUUGUCAUCGACGAUGGUCCCGCCAGCGAGUACGUCUACGAUCUCUACUAUACGGAUGAUAAUCAGCUUGACUUUGGCCAGACUGUUGUCACUGGGGUCCAGCUGGAGGAUGAGGAGCUAGUACAUGAUUUCUUUGAUGAAGGAUCCCACGAGACCUAUGAUGACGAGGACGAUAGCAACGAUGAGAACAACUGGAGGAAUGAUUACCCAGAUGAGGAUCCUGAUAAACGACAUGAAGAUCUGUUUGACGAGUACAAGGAUGAGUAUCGAUACGGCGACGUCUCCAGCGACGAUGAUAUCCUCAACGACUACAGCGACUACAGGAAACGGCCUGCCAAGAACCUGGACUACUUUGGAGGCCGGGAUCCACUUGAUGAUCUAAUGUGAUUGGCUAGUUACAAGCCAAUCACAUGGUCUGUUUCGUUGUUGUUGUUUUUUUCCUUCAAGUAUUUUUUUUCUCACUAUUGUGGGUGUUUCCGGCAGCCUCUUGACCUAUCAUGUGUGAUGUACGUGGGAGGAUAUGUGUAUUACUACAGUACACACAUGUAUAAAUCAGUUUGUGUACAAGAUAUACCAUUCAUUCACAUCUUGUAGGUGUUGAAGAAAAUUAUUUUUGGUGAUGGAAGAAAGUAAUUGCGAUCAAUUGCAAAUUUCUGUUGUUGCGAGUUUACAAUUGAUAUAUCAAUGUUUUCUGUAGCAAAUUAGUUUACACUCUGUUUCAAGAAGAAAAUCAGCAAUCCGUUGUGAAUUUGCAAUUAAUUGCAAGACAUACGAUCGAUUUGGGCACCCCAAGUAAAUUUGCGAUUGGUUGUAAGGUUCUUGCAUUGCUCCAUCAUAAGUCUGCAUUUAAAAAACAUUAGAAUAGAUUUUUAAUCUCUCAGACUUAAUGUUUAAAUCCUUAAAACAUUCCUUCUGCAUGAAAUUACUUUCUAUCAUCUUCAAAGAUCUUCUGCUGGCUGAUAUAAAAACCUAAGUAGCUUUCAUUUAAACGAAGCGCUCAGCAGAUUGAGUUGUGUAGAAAUUGAGUAGCUUUUAGAGAAAGAUUAAACAUACACCUAAACAUGUAGAGAUUAAAUUCGGUUUCGAUAGAUUACAUUUGCCAUUAACUCUGGGAUUGUUAAUGGGAAAUAAGUGACUGACUGAAUUAAUAAGUAAGCGGAGAAGAAAAGCACUCAUAUGGAUGCGUUUGUGACAUAGAAGAGAGAUUGAAAGAGACCAAGGAACAGUGUCGUGUUGAAAAAAAAACAAUGGAAAGGGCAAUUUCAUUUUUUACAUAAAUUAGAGGACAACAUAGUAUUUUUCGAUUGAUUACUCUGAAACAGUUUUUUUUCUCCCAUAAUGCAAUGCCCUUGGUCUGUGCAUUUUUAUAUCAUGGCUGUGCUGCAAUUGAAAACCUUGUCUGUUAUUUCUUUAUCGUAGUAAAUCUAAGAGAGUGUCCAGAGAAUUUUAUGACAGAAUUUGGGUUAAAAGGUGCAAUUCGUAGGAGAAAAGGUGUUAUUUUUGUAUUGUUAUACAGUGGCUUAUUUGUAAAAUUUUGUAUUUGUGAUAAAACCUGUACCCAUUCUUUUUUUCCCCCUCUCUCAUUUCAGACUAUCUUUUGAAUGUUGUGAUUGUUUGCGUCUUAAGGCAGCCAUUUUACAAAUGUUCUCAAUUAAGAAUUUUUCAAAAUAUGUGUGUGCAUAUGUACAUUGCUCUGUAUAUUUUCAAAAAAUACUAAACUUUUUUUCUAUACUCGCUUUAUUUUUUGAUCAAAAUGAUUUUCCAUUUAAGUGGAAACUGUUAUCGCAUAUCAUUAUAUGACAAGAUAUAAAGUAUAAAAUCACUAGUUCUAUAUCCGUAGGGGCUGAGUAUUGCAUAGAAAUGACUGUGUAGUUUAAAUUGGAAAUUGAUUACAGCCCUCCACUACUUAGGUCGGACCCCUCAAGCUCUAGUGGAGCUCAAACUUCUUUGAGUGCUGUGCUAGCACUCCUUUUUGCAAGUAGAGAAAGAAAAAAAAUUUAAAGAGAAAUACUAUAUAGAGUACAAGCAGAUCCCAAAUAAAUUGCAAGUUAACAGUAUUUUUGAGCCUGCUAAAAAACUUGCAAUGGUAAAAGUAAACUCACAGGCAUUUUUCAUGUCGAUCGCGCAUUCUUAGGGCAACAUACCUUGUAAUUGAAUUAAUGAGUCAUUUUGUUUUAAGCAUAAUUUGCUUUGCCGGACCAUCAGUACUAAAACAACAAAAGGGAAACAAAAAAAUUCCCACGCCGCACUGAGUAUAAAAAAGUGUAUAUUGUCUGAGUGUGUGUGUUCCUUUGCCAGAGUUUUAUUAGAAAUUUAUUUUUAUUUGAAUUCUGCCCAUUUGGUUUCAAAAUCGGUUAUUAUAUGGUUGAACAAUAAGUACUUAGCUAUUUCAAACUUACUAGCAGGCAAGAUCUACAUUUAUCAAAAUUAAAAAUCAGUUUAGUCAAAUUUGAAAUAAUUUUUUAGAAAAAUUUGUUUUUUCUUGCCUGAUUUGUAAUUAAAUAUUGCGCCAGACAAAAAUGAAACAAGAUUUAGUUCCCAACUACAGCACUAAAUAUUCCAUUGUCAUAUCGUUAUUUGUAAUGUUUGUACUACUGGGUCUUGCCCUAUAAAAAUAAAAUAAAGUACUUCAAAAGUACUUUAUACCUGCAUGAAGUAUGCCUUUAUGGAGGAAAAUGUACAUAUCCAGCUUCUGGAGAUUAGUUUUGUAUUCAAUAUGAUAUUGUGAAGUUUAUUGCAUAGUCAAGAAGAAAGCAAUGUAUUCUUCGGGGUGUUUGAACCCGAUGAUGCAUCUAUCUAAACAAAAAUUGUCUACUCUUAGUUUUUACCAGGAGGUUUUAGGAUUUAACGUUCUAAUGAUGAGUUUCGUAACAAAUGAUGUGCAUUUGACAAAUUUGUCCAUCAGCGGUCAUUCCUAAUUAUGACUUUCAGUCAAUAUUAUGAUGUAUUGUGAUCAUUUUAAUAGCGUACGAUCUCUAUUUCGGUAAGGGCAAGGACUUUCUGGCAUUGACGUCACAUGCAUCAGUAAAGUCACAUGAUCAUGCAUACCCUUUUUUUUUAGCUUAGCAUGCAUGAGAACUGCAAAAAAUAUACUAGUUUUUCUUUCAUUUUUAAACUCAAUUUAGAGGAUUUCUGACAAAUUCAAGGCUGGAAUAUUGAUAAAGAGAGGUGUUUUGAUGUUUUCAAAUAGGUGGGUUAAGGGGACCCCUUAAUUCUUCUUUUCCUUGUCCUUUAUUUGAUUUUUUUUUCGGGGGGUCACUUUAUUAAAAUGCAAAGUAAUGGUGUCCUACCAGUUUGGGAAUAAUGCUAUGUUUGCUAAAUUAAAAUACAGUCCUGUUUUUAUAUACAUUUAACAAAUGAGCAGAAAUAAGAUACGAUUUAGCAUUGAUCUCUAUUCUGAGCUUGUCUAAUUGCAAUUUCUAUCUAUUUUCCCAAGAAAUAUUAUUUCAUAGAAUGGGAGAUCAUGGCAUUUUUUUCGUAUAAUAGUACAGUUGCAACUUUUUUCUUUACUUUUGCUAGUGUUUAAUCAAUGAAAUAGAGUAACUUAAGUUUGAAGAAUAUCAAAGAAAAAGGAGUUUCUUUAUCUAUGAAAUCACCAGGUAUGAUUUAUUGUAAUG